UAUAUAUAUAUAAGUUGGCAUGUAAACAAAGUAUAUAUGUAUAUAAAUACAUAUGGAUCAAAUAGAAAAUAAUAAAGGAAGAAUUAUUGGUUAUCAUUUGUCAAUAAAUAGAAACAGGUAUACCCUUACACGUAUGUACGGUAGAUGUGUAAAAAUGAUUCAUCAAAAAUGUAGACAAGGAUUUUAUCCGCAUUCAAACAUUAAAAGAUUUCAAGUACAAGAGAAUAAAGUACCAUGGAAUGUGGAAUAUCCUGAAUAUGAACCAAUUAAAUAUACAGCACCUAGUAUACAAAACAAACCUUGGGCAGAUCCAGAAAUUGGAAGUGUUUCUUUCAUACCGAAAUGGAAUAAAAUAGAUGGAAAAAUAGAUCGUAAAAGUUAUAUGGGAGAAUAUGUUAUAAAUGAAGAUGGUUAUCCUUUAAAUCCUGUUGGUAGAACAGGCAUUGUUGGAAGAGGUGUUUUAGGUCGUUGGGGACCAAAUCAUGCGGCAGAUCCAAUCGUCACACGAUGGAAAAGAGAUAACAAUGAUAUAUUAGAAAUAAAUGAAACUACGAAUAAACCUGUAUUACAAUUUGUAGCUAUUCAGAGAAGAGAUUGCAAAGAGUGGGCAAUACCCGGAGGUAUGGUAGAUCCAGGAGAAAUGAUAUCUGUUACAUUGAAACGAGAAUUUAUGGAAGAAGCUAUGAAUUUAUUAGAAAAUGAUUUUGCCAAACGCAAUGAGAUGGAAGCAAAUAUGAAUUUAUUUUUUACAAACGGAAUUGAAAUUUAUAAGGGUUACGUUGACGAUCCCCGAAAUACAGAUAACGCUUGGAUAGAAACUGUUGCUUUAAAUUUUCAUGACGAAGAUAACAAUACUUUUGGACAAUUACCUUUAACGGCUGGAGAUGAUGCUUGUAACGUAAGAUGGAUGGAUAUUGAUGCAAAGCUAAAUUUGUAUGCUAGUCAUUCAGAAUUGAUUAAAAAAACUGUUGAGAAACAUGAUGCACAUUGGUGAAACACAAUAAUAACUUCAAAUAUUAUAUAAAAAUAUAAAAUAUUUUUCAUGAUAAUUAUAAAGAAAAAGAUUUUGGAUAUUAU